AUGAGUGAAACUCUCACUGCCCCAGACCUCGAGGCUGGUCAUGGGAAGACAGCUCAGCAGUCGAGCUAUGAAGAGGCCAGUAUCGAAGAUUCGGACUCCAACAAAGAUCCCGAAUAUCCUCCACUAAGCCGAGUGAUCAUAAUUGUGUUGGCCAUUUACCUGGCAGCCUUUUUGGUAGCUCUUGAUCAGACCAUCAUCGGAGUGGCUAUUCCAAAGAUCACGGACCAGUUCAAGAGUAUCCCCGACAUUGCCUGGUAUGGCAGUGCCUACUUCUUGACGUCGACAGCACUACAGCCGUCAUAUGGUCGGAUCUAUAAGAUGCUGAGUGUGAAACGGUCCUUUUUGGCUGCGGUUAGCAUCUUUGAGAUUGGAUCGCUGAUUUGUGGUGUGGCGCCUUCCAGCACAGUCCUGAUUGUUGGUCGUGCGAUUGCAGGAAUUGGCGUUGCAGGCAUCUUCUCCGGCGCGCUGGUCAUCAUCUCCAUGACUGUUCCCCUGGCAAAGAGGCCGAUCGUUUUUGGUGUAUACGGCAUGGUCUGGGGAAUUGCUUCUAUUGUAGGCCCACUGCUUGGCGGAGCAUUCACUGAUGGUCCCUCUUGGAGAUGGUGUUUCUAUAUCAAUCUUCCUGUUGGCGGGGUUUCCAUCGCUGUCGUUCUCCUGGUCCUCCGCCUACCGAGCAACAACAAGGUAUCUGGGCUACCUAUCUUGCAACUUAUCAAAGAGCUUGACUUAAUGGGUGCAAGCCUUCUCAUACCGGCUAUCGUAUGCUUGAUUCUUGCCCUGCAAUGGGGCGGAAAUGCCUAUACCUGGAGAAGCUCUCAAAUUAUCGGACUGUUUGUGGGGUUUGGUCUUUUGACUAUCCUUUUUGCCGCAUCCCAAAUCUAUGUGAGCGGGCAAGAUAAGAAAAAUACGACAGGCAAGAAUGCUGGAAGGGCAACUUUGCCGCCUUCAAUUCUCAAGCAGCGCACCAUUUGGUCCGCCGGCUUGUUUGCAUUUUUCUUCAGCGGCGGUUUCUUCCUUCUGGUCUACUAUGUUCCUAUCUACUUUCAGAGCGUCAAAGGAUCCUCUGCUAUAACUGCAGGACUUCAGGUUCUACCAUUCAUGCUUGCCACAGUAGUUUCAUCUAUUAUGGUGGGAAUUAUGGUCACUACAGCCGGCUAUUACACGCCAUUUCUGAUUUCAAGCACCGCUAUUGCUGCUAUUGGUACAGGUCUUAUUACCCUGUACGACGUUGAUAUUUCGACAGGGAAAUGGAUCAGUUACCAGAUUGUUGUCGGUGCGGGCAUCGGUGCCGGUCUUCAAAUCCCAAUGACAGCCGUGCAAACUGCGUUGAAGCCAGAGGAUAUUCCUGUGGGAACAGCCGCUAUCACGUUCUUCCAGACACUGGGUGGCGCCAUCUUCAUCGCGGUGGGUCAGUCGGUUUUCCAGAAUGGUCUGAUAGCAGGCAUUCGCGAAUACGCGCCCGACGUUGAGCCAAGUGCGAUUAUAAACGCAGGAGCCACUGAUAUGAGGCAUGUGUUGCUCACUUUGGGCCAACUCGAUCAGCUGGAUAACGUGGUUCGAGCUUAUAUGAACGGAUUGCGGAACACCUAUCGCGUUAGUCUGGCUUUGAUGUUGGCAGCAUUUGUGGCAGCUUGCUUUGUCGAGUGGAAGAGUGUAAAGAAGAGUGACGAAAACCAGAAUGAUGAUACAACAAUCACUCCUUUAUGA